UCUUCAACGCGACAUAUCAGUAAACGGGAGCGAUGUAAAGAUAUAAUUUUAAUUAGAUUGAGAUAUUUUUAAACCACCUUCAAACUUACUGGUUUAAUAGAAAUGCACACAUAUUCAAAGAAAUCCCCUGUUUGUGAGGUUAGUUGAAGAGGAAGUCACUGUGUCAGAUGUCACCACUUUAUGCGAAGCAAAUAUCACUGAAGACAUUUGUGAUGGUCCUGCCGCUAGGGGGAGUUGUCACGGCAACCAGGACGAUGAAGACGUUACUGAUGGUCCUGUUUCUAGGGAGUGUUGUCAAGGCCACAGGGACAAUGAAGGAUAUUGAGACAUUAAAUGACACCUUAUUCGAGGAAUACAGAUCCGAGUUUCGACCGGCGUUUUACAAUAACGACACAGUAGACGUCGAACUCCAGUACUACCUGUACUCCGUCAUUGACUUCAAUGUCGUCAACGAGAUUGUCUCAUUAUCUGGAAUUAUGAGAAUGAUCUGGAAGGAUUAUCGCCUGACGUGGGACCCACAGAAGUAUGGUGGCGUUGAAGGGAUGGUGCUACCGGCUAACCAGGUGUGGUUACCUACUAUAGUUUUGAUGACAGCCGUGGAUAGUAUAGGACAUAUUGGAUCAGAGGAUUUCAGCGUCUACGUCCACUACAGCGGAGAGAUUUACUGGAAUCCAGCCAACAUACUCAUGUCGUCGUGUGACGCUAAUAUGCGUUCCUUCCCGAAGGACCAACAUACCUGUGUGUUGAUACUCAACAACAUGAUUCACACCAAAGAGGAGAUGAGACUGGUGGCCUCAAGCCCAUCUGUCAAUAUGGACUUUUAUGCAAAGAACGGUGAAUGGGACGUCAUAUGGACCAAAGUUUCGGACAAGUUCGAUAAAUAUAAGAAAAUAGCGUCAGCCUCAUUCAUAUCCAUUACAAUUAGUAUGGCCCGGAAGUCAGAAUACUUUAUAAUCAACAUGCUUAUUCCGGUAACGGUGCUGUGUUUAAUAGAGUCCCUUGUAUUUUUGAUCCCCGUGAGCGCUAGCGAUAGAAUUUCGUUUUCAAUGACUCUUUUUCUAGCUCUGGCUGUCUACAUGGCUGUCAUGGGUGAAUUCCUUCCAACGACCUCUGAACCUUUGCCAGGAAUGACGUACUUCCUGUUAGCGUCGGUUAUACACAGCACCGUGGUGAUUUUGAUGACUUUAAUAACAGUUCGUUUAUACGACAGAGAACAUCCACCUGACUGGUUGGUUCAUUUGUACCAACUAAUAGUUAGGAAAAGUAGGAAGAGUAAACAACCGCGGACUGAUGAAGACUUAAAUGAGAAUCUCCCACUUGACAGCGGGAAUCGUGAGUCUGUUGUAUUAGUGGAAAAUAAUGGUAUGUUGAAACGCUCCUUGCUGAACGCUGUGGACGUUUUCAUGUUUGUGAUAUCAUUGUCGAGCAUGCUUCUGAUGUGUAUUGUGUUCUAUAUAGUGUACCUUCGCCUCGACAAGAACGCACCACAUUGACCAGUUUAUCCCAGUGUAUGCAUGGCCUUAUGCAAUGUGUACCUCUGUCACGUCAAGUAUACCGUACAGCUCAUUGACCAGUUUACCGCAGUGCUUUGAAUUGCACAUGUUGUACCUUAGCCAGGACAAGAAUACAGUAUGGUGUACUACCAGUUUACCAAACUUUGGCAGUAAAAGUACUAUCGUUUGAGAGGUUUUACACAGGUUGUACAAUUGAAAAAAUCUUGUUUUUUGGCAACUUGUCAUUAUCAUCUUAGGGAGGAUUUAGUAAUAUGCCUUGAAUUCAAACUUUCAUCAGAGAAAUAGAAUGACACAUUUAAUAUAAAAUAAAAGGAUUGACAACAAAUUUUAUUCACAUUAAUCCUUCGUUUCAAAGUCAACCGUAAACAUUUUAAAAAGAAAUACGCAAAAUCCUUUUGAGAAAUAUUGUUUCCUAUUUUAAGAUGUAUCUCUAUAAGGAACGAUUUUUUCGUGAAGUGUAAUUUUAUUUUCUCGGGAAUAGAAUAUUUUCAGAUGUAAAAUUCUCAAGAACAUGUUUUGACACACCUGCAUUAUAUGUAAUAUUAUAGCAUGGUGAAUUCACCGCCAAAUGGUUUUUUCAUAUCCGGUCAGAACUUCACUAUUUGUACAUUAUGUACAUCGUUAAAUGUAACUCUUCACAAUCUAUUUUCGUCAUUUAUAUCAAAUAAAGCGCAGUGAAUAUUAUUCCGCUUCGGGGAUAAGAUAUACAUCAUGUUAUAAAAAUGUAUUUUGUGCACAGCUGUAUAUCUUACAUGGUGUUAGAUUUCGUUUUGGUUGGGAAAGACGACACAACUUGCAUUACAAACGCUGUUAACAGUCCAGACACGUGUUCAUUCAUUUAUGUUCGUAUUAAAGCGAUGGCAAUUUAUAUAAAAUCAGGCGACUUGGAAAUAAAUUUACAUAAACUGUAUGGUCCAUCGAAAUAUAAGAAUAGAGUAAAAAAAACAAAAAACACGACAAUUUACUAAAGUGUAUUGUAUGUCUAUAUUUAACAAUAAUUUAACAUGGUCUCUCAACUAAGUACAACACACGGGUAGCUUUCGGCGACCUCCUGGUUGCCUUCUUCAGCACUUACUGAGAUCAAUAGGGGGCUUCAGACUUGUCUGAUGAUUCAGUCAUGUGACAUGGGGAUUAUCCUCAAGUCAUGUUACUGAUUCAGGCUGGCAUAUGCUGGCGGUAGGUUGUAGCGCCCUCGUUCUUGAUUCAAGUCUAGACUAGUGGCCAUGAUGACCCCUCUCUGGGAUCAACGGGGGUCUUGGUCCAGAUCUCUAAUGUUGGGAGCCCCAAAAGAGUGUGAUCUUCGGCUCAUGUGAGCUCUGGCUUUUAGCAAGCCUCUGUGAUGUUCUGAGACGCGUUUUCGGUAGGCCCUUUCUGUCUCACCCACAUAUGCUGCUGGGAUCCUACACAGAUAAUAUGGUUUAUUGCUCCUGACUUUUCAAGUGUCUUUGUCUUAUUUUUGGGAGCCACAAUCAUGCUACGAAUCGUAUUUGUAGGUUUAGUGUGUACAGUGACACCAAGCUUUCAGAUCUUCCUAUUGAUCGCCUCAGACAUACCGCCCACGUAGGGAAUUGUAACAUGUCCCUUCACUGGGCGGUUACUUUUCACUGAUGGGUGAGUGGUCUUAUAUCUGCUGCUGUGUUGUUCCCAUGCCUACUUGCUGUAACCCGAGAAGUUGAGUACCUGCUUAAGAUGGUCUAUGGUAUGCCCCAUAGAAAAUGUAUCAAAAAUAAUAAAGGGCUUUUCUUAAUAGCAACAAUUAUCUUUAUACGGAUUUAAUUGCAUGUGUUGACGGAUCCUUAGAUGUGUUACCCGUAUGAUAUAACGUCUGGCUCCCGUGCUUCUGGUGUCGGGUACAUGUACAUACACUGUAUUCUACCGACUCCCAGUGUCACUUUUUAAAAAGCGUUAUCUAGUUACACAACCGCAUAAUGUUAACUUGUUUAUGUAGAUACCGUAGAUGCGAUAGGUGAAUAGUAAUGAGUAAUCUCGACUAUAGUGCAUGUUACAAUUUGGCUGAUAUCUCCACUUCACUUGUAAUACGAAAAAGGUCGGGUUUUAAAUCUGAAAAGAGUACAUGCUUUCUUUUUAAAAAAAUCGUCGGAGUCAUAAAUCAAAUGGCUCUAAAAAGUAUGUAUAAGAUAUGUAUAUAGAGAGUAAAUAUAAAAGUAACGCAUGCGUGCGUUUGUGUUGAUUAUGGAAUAUAUUAUGCAAAGAGAUAGAUAAAAUAUUGUUAUAGAAAAGAUAGACGGGUUAACAUAUUCUAUAUUUCAAAGGAUGUGGACAUCCUGAUUUAUAUCAUGUUUGUUGAUAACUUCGAUUUUUUAUCACACAUUUUACAUUUGUAAGGUGUAGAUUUUAGUUAACUGAAGACUAACAUGUAUUCCUUAAGAUAUAUUUUAUUUUCAAACAACAGUUACUGGAACAAUCAGUCCAGGUUUUGAGCCUGACAUUAUUUAAUGUCUGGUUCACUAUGUCUAAUACCGUCGGUGAUCUACAUACGAUCCUGGUUUGGACGAAGGAAUUUUAGACGUAGGAACGUGCUGUACCGGAAACGCUUCCGGAGUAUCUCGUGUAACCUCCGAUGUUUUUGUGGGCGGCCAUGAUGCCUUUCCAUUUGGCGUCUCAUCAGUUCAAGUUGUUUGUAUUUCUGAUUUCUGUGCCAGCGCUGUGGUUUAUCUGUUACUGUCUUACACAUAAUGGUGCAGUUUAAUGCUGAGUUUGCUUUGGUUUUUGUUUAUAUAUCAAGAAACGUUCAUAUGUAUUUCUAGAACGACUUUUACGCAUUAAGGUGGUUGCCCUGUUUUUGUUCUACCCGUUCCAAGGUUGGCCGUGACUUAGUGCAGGAUUUUGUUUUGGCACACAUUACAAGUAAAAUGUUAGUUGUAGAAUUAAUUAUUUGCUGUAGCAAAUAUGCUGUAAAUUUGUGAAGGUUUUAAGAAAUUUUCGAUUUUUCGUUAUUUUGACAUUUUUUUAUGACACUGACGAGUCCAAAAUUGACGGAUUGGCCAUAUGGUGCAAUAAUCGUUAACUUUGCUUGUUUUACUGCAUCGACAAACUAUAUUUCUAAAUAGUAGCUUCCUUUCUUCCUUACUUUGUAGGUUUAGUACUUGUAUGACACAAUGGCAUGCUUUUCUUUUUUUUUUAUCUAUUAAUUUUGCCCACAGAAAUGUAUUUUGCUAUUUUUGAUGAUUGAUCAGAUAUUACAAAAUGGCGAUAUAAUUGGUAUGACAGGGUGAAUCAUGGUUAUUUUAUUUUUAUUUAUUACACAGCAAGGGAAAAGUUAAAAUUCAAUUUUUCUCAUGACCAGCGUGAAUUUGGAAACUUAUUAAAUAUUCGGCUAGUUUGAUAAACAAAUCUUACAAAAACAGGUAAAACACUUUUUAAGCCCCAUACUUCAACAUGUCAACGUCAAAGAAAAACGGAAAACGUAUAACUAAAAGUGCUGACAGGGCACCUUCAGUCUGGGUAUCGUGUGCGCCCUUUUGCACGAGAAUACCAUAGACGUUGAUAUGUUGUAGUAUAGGUGUUUAAAAGCAGCAUAAAAAGUAUAAUUGUGCUUACGAGAUUGAGUAUCAAACUAGCUCAAUCUAGAGCCGGUCUAGCCAAAUGUUGAAUAAGUAACCAACGUCACAAUGGUUCUCUCAUCGACGGAAAAAAAAAAGAUUGUUUUUAUCAUCUCAAUGGCAAAAAAAAUGGUUCUUUUGUCCUAAAAUAUUUACAUUCGUAUGCUUCGACCCAUUGACGAAAUUGACAUUCAUUUUUGCAUAACACAGGUGACCUCAUCACUGCGUAUUGAUACACUCAAUGACGCAGCACAGGGCGUACUUGGUUCACGUGCGCCGUAAUACAGCCCUUGAUUUAGACUUGUUAUGCUUAUAUGAAUUAACAUUUAACAUAAUUGGCUUGAUUUUAAAGCUAAAAUAAGGCAUGUAAAGUAUAUGAAAAUACUAUACGAUUUGUAUAAAUUCUAUAAAUUAAAUUUUGAAAAUUGAA